AUGGGAGAUGUACACGACCUGGACCACAUCAAGCUCGAUCUCAACGACCAUCCCGCGUCCUCCUCGUCGGCCGCGCCGGCCAAGCCGGCCCAGAACCCGGCAAGCCGGAUCCAGACGGCCAAGAUCAACCAUAAGCUGGAGUACUAUCUCGCCCUCGUCGGCGCCUCCAAGGGCGUCGCGCUCACCAAGCUCGUCGAGGACCUGUUGGGCUCCGCUGGGAUCUAUUUGGCCUCCCAUCCAACGGACGCAUCCUACCACGAGCUGCUCGAAAUAUUCGCCUACGGAACGUGGAAGGACUACCGACAGCGACAAGCCCACUUGCCCAAGCUGAACGACCAGCAACUCGCCAAGCUGAAACUGCUAUCAAUCCUCACCCGAGCCUCGCAUUCCAGAAUCAUUCCGUACAGCGAGCUAAUGGAAGAGCUCGAGAUCGGCGAGACCCAGGCGCUAGAGGAGCUGAUCAUGGACGGGAUAUACAGCGGGCUGCUCGGGGGGCGUCUGGACCAGAAGUAUUCGCGGCUGGAGGUGGAGACGAGUGUGGGGCGGGACGUGAAGCUGCGGCCGCUGGGCGCCUCCUCCGCUCUACCCAAGAGCACGCAGGACGGCGACGUGGACAUGGACGCCGCCGACGCCCCCGGAGUCUCGCACGACAACACGCUGGCCAAGCUGCACGCUCAACUCGCCGAUUGGCGCGACUGCUCCGCCAGAGUCAUCGAGCAAUUGGACGCCCAGAUCAGCCUCAUUCGCCAGAAAGACCAAGCGAAGCUGGAGCACCAGGCAGCCCACAGCGCGACGGUCGAGGCGCUCUCCCACUCCGUGUAUUCCUCGGUCAUGUCGUCCUCUUUGUCUGGCCAUCACAAGUUCGGCCGCAAAGGGAAAGACAAAGACGCCGUCGACGCGCCCCUUUCGAGCGACCAUCAGAUGGACAUCGACGAGCACGAUGCCGGGACGAUCAGCAAGACUCGAAAACGAACUAGACCUUGA